AUGGGCAAAGCGAAGAACAAGAAAAGAGAUGAAAUACUUCCCAUUCUGCAGCACAUUUAUAACACGUCACUUAUUCUCAUACAUUCUCCAAACCUUUCGAUCAGGCAGACCAGAAAGUUAAAGAUGCUGUGCAACCGCAAACAGAUAAGGAUGUGUAGGGAGGUAAAAAGAAGCAUGUGCAAGCGAUGUUCGUUUUUGAUGGUACCGGGCGUAAGCUGUGAUAGUGAAAUGUAUGUGUCGAAGGGCUAUCGGAUCAAAAUGGUUUGCUGGCACUGUGGCAAUGUUAAUGAUUAUUUCGUGGGAAAGGAGGAGAGGUAAAGGAAGAGACAAUAUAGUAAAAUAUAUGAACUGAUAGCUCG